CUUCGUCUUCGCGAGCCAGUUCCCCAUCUCUCUCUCUGCGACCAUUGCUUUCGUCUCACAGCCCCAAACCGCUUCCGUACUCCAGAUGGCGUCCCAGAUGGAGUGGUCUCACGACUUUUGCCUCUCUUGUGAUCGCCAGAUUGCAGAGGGAGCAUACUGCUCUCAGGCGUGCCGGUUGGCCGACCUGGAGAAGGCUGGCACCAACGAGCCGACGACACCCUCAAAUCUGUCUUCUUCCGCAUCCUCGUCAUCAUCCUCUCAAGGUUUCUACCUACCCCCUGCCGUCAACUUCUCUGCGUUGAAGACGCCAUCAACAUCACGAGGUUUCGACAUGGGACCCUCAAGUCCUCACCAGUACUACUCCACUGCAUACGGUUCGUACUUUGCCUCAACAGCCUCGCAGCCAGCAGCAGCAACAGCAACAUCAACAGCAACAGCACGUCAAUCACAGCAGCGAAGUCUCACACCUUCCUCGUCACGAUCAUCGCUUGCAUCUGCUGCUUCCCAAUCUACGUCAGGCAUAUCAUUACAGGCAGCGAGCCAGCUGAACGGCUACGUGCGAUCAUUCGACCCAGUACGAGACAUGAAGAGAAGGUUUACGCACUACUAGACGCCGUUAGUUUUUCUCUCUGUGUUCCCGUAAAUUGCAUUUUGACGACGACGACGACGGAGUACCGAGUCUUGGGGAGGCGUUUAUCGACUUGGAAGGAGCGUUCGACCACCCACGUCUUACAGCAGCAUUCGUCUCCACAUUUGAGUGUGAGACCCCGGCGUUUUCCACGGAGUUUAUCGCCUUGCAUUAUGGGCUCUCGAUUGGCCUGCAUCCCUU